GCCGGGACGGAAGAUCUGCAGGAGGGCGGCGACGUCGAGGACAUGGGCGAGGGCGUCGCCGACGAGGGCGGCGACCUGGAGGCCCCCGCGAAUGUGGUUCCUGGGGAGGACGGCGUGAAAGUCCCCGGCGGCGAUUUAGGGUUGGGGGACUCCCUGUCGGUGCUCUUCAGGAAGCCUGGCCGCAAGCCUCGGCAGCAGGCCUCGAAGAAUGAGGAGGCAGAUGGUGUGGAGGCUGCCGAUUCGCAGGCUGAGGAGGCCCUCAAUGGCGGAUCUGGUGGCCUGGGUUCAGACGAGGCUGCCAAGGGCACCAAGAAGAGGCGAAGGCGGCGCACCAAGGCGGAGAUGGAGGAGAUGAGGGCUGCCGCCGCCGCCGCUGCAGAGAAUUAUGCGAAUGCAAUGGCAGGUGAUGGGUCUCCCAGGAGGUCAAAGGCGAAGCCAAAGGCUGCUUAUUCUGAUAGGUGCUCUAGGGCUGCCGCCCGUCGAGCCGUUGGAGAAUUGGCGGGAUUGCCCGUUGGAGAAUUGGCGGCUCCCGGGCCUCCCCCUGUUUCAGAAAGGAAUCCCAAUGAUAAAGAAGAGGCUGCGGAUAAAGAAGAGGCUGUGGAUAAAGAAGAGGCUGCGGAUGAUGGUUUAUCGCUGGGAGAGACGCUUCUGCAAGACGUGGAGACCAGUAGAAUUGUGGAGGAUGGAUCUAGAAACUCUUCUGACGCGGCAAGUCAUUGCGUCAAACUCCCAGCAAGGGCUGAUAACUGCCGUGGCUUAAAUCCUUGUUCAGGAGGAGAACCUGCUGAAAAAGCAUCUCACAGUGCGGCCAAUGCAUCCGCUGAUGGUGUUUCUGAUGCACGGACAUGCUCCGAAACCUUAGCAGAGGAUGCAAAGGCUGAUGCAGUUUUUUCUCAAGAUAAGCCACCGGCGCCAACCCUCAAAAGGAAACCUGGUCGAAAACCAAAAGAAGCGCCCAAGAAACCUGUUAGAAGGAAGGACUUGCCUAAGGUUAGUGCCGAUGAUAAACCAGUUGAGAUAGCAGAAAGUGAUGCAUCGUCAAAGCAGCGGCAGCGCAAAAAUAAAUUUCUCUUGGCAAGGUCUACCACUGUGCAGUCUAAUUCCUCGCUGGACAAUAAAGCAGGUAGUGCAGGCGACAUUAAAUAUGGCAAUAUCAAACCAAAUGCAGCUGUGCCAACAGAAGAAAGCUUAGAUCAGCCAGCUGCUUAUGGGGUUCGUGAGUCCCGUGCCGCAAAGGAUUCACGUGCUUCUCAUAACAUGGCAGCAUCUGCAAAAGAAAUCAAUAUCAUUGACGUGGCAGCACCAUCCAAUUUUGAGGACAUGGAGAAUGCAUCAAAGGUGAAACGCCUAACACGAAAUUCUAGGAAACGUAAACAUGGUGACAUGGCAUACGAGGGAGAUGUUGAUUGGGAAACUCUGAUGCAUGAGCAGGGGCUGUUCUCGAACCCCGCAGCAAGUUUUGCAGAUCAAUCUGUGAAACCAAAAGAUAAAAUUAAAGCGUUGGAAGUUCUCGAGAACGGAGGUGUUGCUGCCGUAAGUGCUGGCCUAAUGGCGGAGGCUGUUUCUCCAAUGGAAAAGCUAAAAUUCAAGGAUGUUCUGAAGCGGAAGGGUGGCCUUAAGGACUAUCUAGAAUGCAGGAACAUGAUCCUAAGUUGCUGGAACAAGGAUGUUAAACAUCUAUUGGAUCUUGCAGAUUGUGAUCUUUCUAAUAUUCCCAUGGAAGAUGAUUCACCACGUCAAAUACUUAUACGCGAUGUGUACCGUUUCUUAGAUCAGAAUGGUUACAUAAAUGCUGGAAUUGCAUCGGCCAAGGUGACAAAGGAUCAUGGAACUCUCUGUUCGGAGGUUGUGGAAGCAGCCAAGUUAAAUGAAUUACCUAAAAUGGAGCCAGUCAGGGUUGAAGGUGACAUUCUUGCUGUAUCCCUUCAGAAUAAAGAUCAUGAUCAAGUUGCUCUGGGACCUUUGACAGAAGAAUCGAAGGAAAAUAAUGUCCCUGACGCUCACUGCGACGUCCAGGAGUUGAUACCUCACUUACAGUCCAAAGAACAGGCAUUUGAAGAAAAGAAUCUGGAUGUAUCAACUGAAGCUGGAGGUGCAUUACUACCAUCGAUCAAUAUUAGUUCAGUUGGAAACACUGAAGGCCCCAGUCUCGAUAAACCAGAAGCAGCUGUUAUUGAACAUCCUGGAAACAACUGUGAGGUAAAUCAUAGAGUUGAAUCUGGAGGGCACUGCAAAAAGAUAAUCAUUGUGGGAGCUGGUCCGGCCGGUUUAACUGCAGCACGCCAUUUACGGCGUCAAGGUUUUGCUGUCACAGUUCUCGAGGCGCGCGAUAGGAUUGGUGGCCGUGUUUAUACAGAUCGUACAUCGCUUUCAGUUCCUGUGGAUUUGGGUGCUAGCAUUAUUACGGGUGUGGAGGCUGAUAUAGCAACUGAACGAAGGGCUGAUCCAUCCUCUUUGAUUUGUUCUCAGCUUGGUCUUGAACUGACUGUACUGAAAAGUGCUUGCCCUCUCUAUGAUGUAGUAAGUGGCAACAAGGUUCCCGAUGAUUUGGAUGAUGAGUUGGAAUCUGAAUACAACGGCCUUCUUGAUGAAAUGGAACAACUUUUUGAACAAAAUGGUGAAAGUGCGCUGGGUUUAUCCCUUGAGGAUGGGUUGGAAUAUACUCUUAGGAAGAAACGUGCAGCCCAUGUUGUUUCUUCUGUGGGACAUGAUGACCAGUUAAUAAGUAUGUCCAAUAGAGGAGGUGUAGACAUUUCCAAGAAUGCUUCAACAGAAAAGGAGAUAGCUCAUUGUGGGGAGGAUGAUAAGACAGAUGUUCUCAGUCCUCUUGAAAGAAGAGUUAUGAACUGGCACUUUGCACAUUUAGAGUAUGGUUGUGCUGCAAUGCUCAAAUCUGUCUCUCUUCCGUACUGGAACCAAGAUGAUGUGUAUGGAGGGUUCGGAGGACCUCACUGCAUGAUUAAAGGUGGUUAUGGCGCUGUUCUUGAGAGCCUUGCAGAAGGACUUGAUGUUCAGUUAAAUCAUGUUGUAACUGAAGUAAUGUACAGGCCUGAUGAGUCAGAUGCUAGUAGAAUUAGUGGAAAAACUGUUAAAGUUUGCACUUCGAAUGGAGCUGAAUUUGUGGGAGAUGCUGUGCUGAUCACUGUUCCUCUUGGAUGCUUGAAAGCACAUGCAAUCAAAUUUUCUCCUUCCUUGCCGGACUGGAAAACAUCUUCCAUUGACAGGCUUGGAUUUGGUGUUCUAAAUAAAAUAGUAAUGGAGUUUCCUGAGGUCUUUUGGGAUGAAAAUGUAGAUUAUUUUGGUGCAACUGCGGAACAAACAGAUUUAAGGGGACAAUGCUUUAUGUUUUGGAAUCUCAAAAAGACAGUCGGCGCACCAGUUAUAAUAGCUCUACUUGUUGGGAAGGCUGCUAUAGAUGGACAGAGUAUCAGUUCUGAUGCUCAUGUUAGCAAUGCUAUGGUGGUUCUCCGUAAGCUCUUUACGGAUGCUGCUGUACGAGAUCCAGUGGCGUCAGUUGUCACAAACUGGGGCCUUGAUCCUUUUAGUAGAGGUGCUUACUCUUAUGUUGCAGUAGGAGCAUCAGGGCAAGAUUAUGACAUCAUAGGCCGGCCAGUUGCAAACUGUUUAUUUUUUGCUGGGGAAGCAACAUGCAAAGAGCAUCCAGAUACUGUUGGUGGUGCAAUUUUAAGUGGUCUUCGAGAAGCAGUUCGGAUUAUUGACUUGGUACACAGUGGCAAGGAUUAUGUGGCUGAGGUGGAAGCUCUACAAACGUACCAAGUGCAAUCAGAUAGUGAAAGAAAUGAAGUCAGAGACAUGUCAAAUAGACUUGAAGCACGUGAACUUUCAACUGCUCUAUGCAAAAACUCAUCUGAUGCAUCAUAUGCAGUAGCUAGCAAGGAAUCUGUACUGCAAGAAAUGUUUUUCAGUGCGCAAACUACACCAGGGCGCCUACAUUUGGCCAAGGAGCUACUGAAACUCCCUUCAGAUGCUCUCAAAUCAUUUGCUGGGUCUAAAGAAGGGCUAACUAAACUAAACUCUUGGAUACUUGAUUCACUGGGAAAAAAUGCAACUCAACUGUUGCGGCAUUGCGUACGCUUGCUUUUGCUUGUUUCUACCGAUCUGGUAGCUGUUCGCUUGUCUGGAAUUGGGAGGACUGUAAAAGAAAAGGUCUGUGUGCAUACAAGUCGAGAUAUACGUGCCAUAGCUCGCCAGUUGGUCAGUAUGUGGAUAGAAGUUUUCCGUAAAGAAAAGGCUAGCAAUGGCGCCCUCAAAUUGCUGCGCCGAUUGCCAUCAGUUGAAUCGAGCAAGACUAGGAGUAAGGAUCUACAUUCAGGAAUGCGUGUUCCGCAUGUGCCAAAUGAAGCAGGUGCACAGCGUGUAAGAUCUGCUGGGAGCCAUUCACCUCACAGAACUAGCAAGAAGCCUGACAAGAUUGUGAAAUUAUCUAGUAUAAUGGCUACAAAGUCUGAUGGCAGCUCACUUCGUUCCCCGAAGCAACACCAUGAUCCAGAACCCAAGGCUAAUCAAGGCAUGGUUAUGUCUGAGGAAGAAGCAGCUGCAUUUGCUGCUGCGGAGGCUGCUCGAGCUGCUGCGAUAGCAGCUGCACAGGCAUAUGCAUCCGCAGAGGCAGUGAUAAGUAAGCCUCGGGAACUCCCAAAGAUACCAUCAUUUGGAGAUUUUGCAAGGCGUGAUCAUCAUUUGGAUGAAUCUGAUACAAGAAAGAAAAUGGCAAGUGACAACCAUGGGAGACUUGAAUGCAUAUCAGAGAUUGAUUCCAGGAAUGGCAAAACUAAGAACUCAUCAGCUGAGCAUGCCAAUUGUCCUGAUGUUGACAGCUCGAAAAUGACUGUUGAUAACUGUACCCAGAGGAGCUAUUCAAAUGAGAAAGCCUGCCUAAUUAAUAUUAGGGACAAUUCUGCAGAGAGUGGAGCUGUAGACAGUCGGUUUACUAGGGCAUGGGUUGAUAUUGAUGCAGUCUCCAUUGAUGGUGUCAAACAUCCUCUAGCCAUUGAGAGGUGGCAAGCACAAGCAAUGGAAGCAGAUAAAGAAUUCUACAGUCGGAUACGCAUACCCUUGGAAGAAGAUUCAGGUAGCCAAAAGCAGACAUGCAAAAGUUCUGCCUCGCAGGUUGCAGAAAGCAAGCCUGCAUCAGAAGGACAAUCCCGAGGUGUAGAACAUAUAAAACAGGGGCUUAUAAGUUUCAUUAGCACACUGCUGAUGCCACUUUACAAAAGUAAAAAGAUCGACAGGGAGGCAUACAAGACAAUGAUGCGGAAAGCUGUCACAAAGAUCAUUGAUGCAUGCACCGAAGGAGAGAAGCUGAUGACUGCCAAUGAAUUUCUUGAUUUUAGAAGGAAAACUAAGAUUCAAACAUUUGUGGAUAAGUUGGUCGAGCGGCAUUGGCAUCUGGCUCCAGCCCCCAAAUCAUAGCAUGUACAUAUCUAGGAAGCUGUUACAUGUGGGCAAGCAAAUUUCACCCUGCAGACUUUGCUGUCGCUCAUCAGUCAUUGGCUCCAUGGGACCUAAAAGAAGCAGACAUGGUCCACAUUCCUCGGGGGCAAAAUUAGACCAUGAACCAGAUUGGCACAUUCAUCCUUGUAUUGAAUUUGAUAUCAUCUCCAUCAUCAUCGUCGUAGCAAUGGCUUCCUAGACCUCUGUGCAUUCAGACAAACAUGGCAGCGCAUGCAGUGAACUUGUGGGGCGAGUUGAAUUCUAUGGCUUGUACCGAAGUGGCAUAUGAAGGUCUGGGAAUUCAAGCAUCCCGCAUGGUCAGUAUGCAACGGUGGCUCGAGUGUAUCCCUGGACAGUAGUUUUAGGUCAGCGUAGCGGAUCCCAUGUUGUUGUUUGAUCAAAGAAAACUGACACCAGACUAGACCCCAUCUUUUCUCCCUUUGUUGUACAGACCAUAGCUCCGUAUCCUGUUCCUAGCAAUCACCUAACUCAUAGUUGGUCGUGUUAAAAGUCGUUGCGGUUUGGCGGAGAUGGUUGGCAUCCGCAGGUUGCUGCAGCCCUCUGUAUAUCCCCCAGCUGCUUAUACUGGUCACCAUUUAUGACUGCUAAGUGCCAUAUGGUGCCAAAAGAAGUUAUGAUUUUCCUCCAAAA